AUGGCGAAAACCGUGAAAGCAGUUGGAUGGGCCGCCCACGACUCCUCCGGCCAUCUCUCUCCCUUUAAAUUCGCCCGGCGAGAGACCGGCGAGCGCGACGUGCAGUUCAAGGUCCUCUACUGCGGGAUCUGCCAUUCGGAUCUUCACGCCAUUAAAAACGAAUGGGGCUUCUCCAAUUAUCCGAUGGUGCCGGGCCACGAGAUCGUCGGCGUCGUCACCGAGGUCGGAUCCAAGGUCCAGAAGUUUAAGAUCGGCGACAAGGUCGGCGUCGGGUGCAUGGUUGACUCGUGCCGGAAGUGUGAUCUCUGCGUCCGGGAUCUCGAGAACUACUGCACCGGCGGCGCCCUCUUCACCUACGACUGCGUCGAGCCUGACGGAUCCAGGACCUACGGCGGCUACUCGAACCUCAUGGUCGCCGUUGAGGACUUCAUCAUCCGCUGGCCGGACAAUUUCCCGCUCGACAAAGGCGCCCCUCUGCUCUGCGCCGGGAUCACAACCUACAGCCCUCUGAAGAGCUUCGGGCUCGACAAGCCGGGCCUCAGAAUCGGCGUAGUAGGACUGGGCGGUCUGGGCCACGUGGCGGUCAAAUUCUCCAAGGCCUUCGGGUCCAAGGUCACUGUCAUCAGCACAUCCGCCGGUAAGAAGGCGGAGGCCCUUGAGAAAUUGGGGGCGGACGCAUUCCUGAUCAGCCGCGAUCCGGCGGAGCUGCAGGCGGCGGCCGGGACCUUGGAUGGCAUUAUUGACACCGUCUCGGCCCCACAUCCGAUCCAGCCCCUGCUGAGUCUGCUGAAGCCCGAAGGGAAGCUGGUUGUGGUUGGGCUGCCGGAGAAGCCGCUCGAGAUCCCACCGUUUUCGCUGGUGACGGGGCGGAGGGUUGUGGCCGGGAGCAUGAUCGGCGGGAUUAAGGAGACUCAGGAGAUGAUUGAUUUCGCUGCGAAGCAUAAUAUCUUGCCGGACGUGGAGAUGGUCCCCAUUGACUAUUUGAACACGGCCAUGGAGAGGCUCGCGAAGGGGGAUGUCAAGUAUAGGUUUGUGAUUGAUAUUGGGAACACGCUGAAAGCCGAGUGA